UUGAUCAACUUCGACCAGUGGCUCACAAAACAAGUGAGGAUCUCUCAGAAGCUCACUGCCGUGACAAUUCAAGACACUGAUCAAGUCAAAAAACGCGCCUGGCAGUCCAGACCAGCAACUGGAGCACAACAUCAAAAGACAAAAGAAAAGACACUGGCGACACUGGCUACAAACACUACAGCCUCACUCGAUUCUGACACUUGUGUGUGUUGCAGCGGGAAGCAUCAUUUGAAGGACUGCGAAGCAUUCAGAGCGCGAGACGCCAAUGGCCGAGCUGAGCUAGUGUUCAGCUCAGGAAUGUGCUUCAUCUGCUUAAAGAAAGGCCACAUGAGCAGAAAUUGUGUCUUUUCUAAGAAGUGUGGAAUAGACGGGUGCAGGAUGAAACACCACAAGAUGCUGCACGGCAGUCACCGUGUAAGGCCUCACGGUGGUGACCAGAGAGUCAUAGCCGCAGUAACGGGAAACCGACCAGCAGAGGGAAUGACGCUUCUCCAGAUAGUUCCCGUUCGAGUGCACGGCCAAGAUGGAAGAUUUAGAGACACGCUGGCCCUGCUAGAUCCAGGAUCUCAGACCAGCUUAUGCUCGGAAGCAAUCAUCAGAGAUGUGAAGAUUUCAGGCGAAGCGCAGUCGCUAUGCAUCGAAAAUGUUGAAGGACGAGGAAGUACCAAGAGGUCUGAAAGGGUCCAGCUGACUCUGAGUCCUUUGUGCGAAGGUCAAGAUGUUGACCGCAAGAUCCUUGUUCCUGAAGCGUUCUCUGUGCCGCGAGUAAACGUCCGAGCACAGCACAUUCCUAAACGAUUGAAAGAUGACUGGAAGCAUCUACAAGGCAUAAACAUACCUGACUGCUCACAGGGAACAGUGGAGGUGCUUCUAGGCGCUAAUGUCCUUGAAGCCGUUCUUCAACGCGAAGCCAAAGUUGGACGAGCAGGAGAACCGGUGGCGGUGCGCACGGCAUUUGGCUGGACGUUGACCGGCACGAUCGCUGGUUUCGUCCCACCUCAAACCAGAGAGGUGAUGUUCAUCCACCGUGCGGACACAGAAGACAGGCAUCUCGGAGAGUGUGUCGAAGAGUGGUGGAAGACUGAUUCAUUUGGCACGAAAGUUGAGCUCAAAGGGGAAGCUUCAGCAGAAGACCUGCGGGCAUUGCGUCUCCUAGAUACAUCAGUGAAGAAAUGCGGAGACCGAUACGAAGCAGGACUUCUUUGGAAAGGCAAAGAUCAGAGAAUGCCUGACAACAGAGCAUCAGCCAUGAGAAGACUUCAGAGCCUUGAGAAAGGCUUGUUACGUAACCCGGAAAAGGCUAAGGCGUAUGAAGCCGAGCUCCAAGCUUAUGUUGAAGCGGGGCACGCACGCAAGCUGUCUCAAGAAGAAGCCGAUCAGCGUUUGAAAAAGCGCUGGCUUCUACCACAUCACGCGGUAGUAAACCCCAAUAAACCCAAGCUGAGGGUAGUCUUUGAUGCUGCAGCGACACACCUGGGAGUGUCCCUGAACAGUGAGCUGAUGAAGGGACCGGACAUGCUGCAGAAUCUGGUUGGAAUUUUGCUCCGCUUCAGAGAGGAACAGACUGCCAUGGUAGCAGACAUCAAGAAGAUGUUCCACCAGAUCAGGAUUCGCCAGGAAGACCAGCCAGCAUUAAGUUUCUGGUGGCGAAACCUUGACACCACACGACAGCCUGAUAUGUACCAAAUGCAAGUAGCAAUAUUUGGCGCGAAGUGCAGCCCAGCGAUCGCAAAUUUUGUACUACAGAGAGCGGCAGAAGACGGCUGCACUGGCACAGAAGAGUCCACAGCAGCCAAGAAAGCGGUUCAGACCAGCUUUUACAUGGAUGACUUCGUCAAGUCAGAAUGUUCCAGUGAAGCUGCACUCAAUAUGAAAAGAGAAGUCUCCAGCAUCCUCGCCAAAGGAGGGUUUUGCCUCACGAAGUGGAUGAGCAAUGAGGAGAGGGUGCUGGCUGAAGUCCCGGUUGAUGAAAGAGCUGUCUUGAAGAUAGACUCGUCGGGCAAGUCGUACUGCAGCGUUUUAGGAUGCAAAUGGACCCCGCAGGACGACUACCUGGCCGUCAAGUGUAGCGUAGUCGCGGUGCCGCCGACGAAGAGAGGAAUCCUGAAGCAAGUCGCGUCUAUGUUUGAUCCUUUAGGGAUCGUGGCGCCCUACACACUAGUGGCGAAGAAACUGAUCCAGAGUCUCUGGGAAAGAAAGCUAGGCUGGGAUGAAGGAAUCACAGGAGAAACCCUACAUAUCUGGAGACGCUGGCAAGAAGAGCUUCAGCAUGUUGAGGACGCAUGUGUUCCACGGUGGUAUGGCGCGCCGGAACAAGAAGUUGACGCUCAGUACGAGCUGCACAUGUUCAGCGACGCCUCCGAAUUAGCGUUCGGUACCGUAGCAUACAUCAGAGUAUUGUCCAGCGGCUACUAUCACAGUCGCUUUGUGAUGGCUCGCACUAGGCUCGCACCUCUGCGACAGCUGUCGAUAGUCCGACUUGAGCUGCAAGGUGCCGUCAUGUCAACAAGAGUAGCCAGUCUUAUCAAAAGGGAAAUGAACUACAACUUCAAGCGAAUCGUCUUCUGGACAGACAGUCAAGUGGUGCUGCAGUUUUUGAAGAACGAAAGUCGGCGAUACCACACAUUUGUGGCGAAUCGUGUAUCUGAGAUUCACGACACGACAAGCCCAGAUCAGUGGCGCUUCGUGCCAGGCUCAGAAAAUCCGGCAGAUCUCUGCUCAAGAGGAAAGUCUCUGUCAGAGUUGAAAAACCAGCAAGAGUGGUGGCUAGGCCCAGCGUUUCUAGAAAGCAAAGAAGAGCACUGGCCACCACAAGAAGACGUAGGAGACAUCAGUCCAGACUGUGUAGAAGUCAAGAGGUCAGCAGCCAUCUGUGCGACAAGUCAUGCUAGUUCACCAAAAGAAGAGAUCACUUCUCUACUGUCCCAGCUCAUAGACCCGGCGCGGUUCUCUUCAUGGACUCGUUACAGACGCAUUGUCGCAUGGAUAAGGCGAUUCAUCAGCAACGUGAAGAGCAAGGUUGCUGGCACAGAAGUCAUUGAUGGUCCACUACGCAGCGCAGAAAUUGAUGCGGCUGAAAUCAGCAUAAUAAAGGACGAUCAAGAAACCUGCAUGAAACAAGCUAGUCUCGACCACCUGUCUCCAUUCCGAGAUCAACACGGCCUCAUGAGAGUUGGUGGGCGCCUGAGCAAGACUUCGUUAGACGAGUACACGAAACACCCCGUCAUUCUUGACGCCAAGAGUGAGAUCACCAGACUGGUCAUUGUCGAUGCACAUCAGCGAGUCAUGCAUUGGGGAUUGGAAAGAACACUUUGUGAGCUGAGAUCGAAGUACUGGGUGCAACGGAUGCGGUCAGCUGUGAAGAAGCACCUGUGGAAGUGUGCAUUCUGCCGUAACCGCCGCGCCUCGCCUCAGCCACCCAGGAUGGCAGACUUGCCAGAGGCCCGUCUAGACAUGAGACGUCCGUUCAGCACAGUCGGACUCGACUUUUUCGGACCUCUGACGGUGAAGAAGUUUCGAAAGACAGAAAAGAGAUAUGUGCUGCUGAUCACAUGUCUCGCCACUCGGGCCAUCCAUUUGGAGCUAGCUGCUUUGAUGGACACCAGUAGCUUCAUCAUGGCACUGCGCCGCUUUAUCGCACGAAGAGGUAGACCUCGAACUAUCUACUCGGACAAUGGCACUAAUCUAGUCGGAGGCGAAAGAGAACUGCGAGAAGCCAUCGAACAUUGGAAUCAGGCACAGAUAUCCGAUGCUUUGAGUCAGAGAAACAUCCAGUGGGUGUUCAUCCCGCCAGCCGCCCCGCAUAUGGGCGGUGCAUGGGAGCGUCUGAUCGCCUCGGUGAAGCGCUCCCUCAAAGUGGUUCUAGGAAACAAAUGCGUCUCGGAGGACGUUCUUCAGACGACCCUAGCGGAGGUCGAAUUCAUGAUCAACGGCCGUCCUCUGACCUACAUUAGCAGUGAUCCUCAAGACCCCGAACCUCUUACGCCCAACCACUUCUUGUUGGGCUCAUCUGAUGGAAGAGAAGGACUACCGCCAGGGGUAUUCAAUGAUGCUGAUGCUGAUGUUGUUGGACGGAGGAGAUGGCAACAAGUACAGAUCCUCGCUGAACAUCUGUGGAAAAGGUGGCUCAAGGAGUACCUUCCUACGCUGAUAAACAGACAGAAAUGGAAGACAGAGAAGAAGAAUCUGCAGAUAGACGACGUAGUUUUGGUCGUCAACAGUCAGAGUCCUAGAGGAUACUGGGAAUUGGGACGCAUCACAAGAGUCUACCCAGGCUCUGACGGAGGAGUCAGAUCAGCGGAAGUGAAGACAAAGAGUGGGACGUAUGUUCGCCCGACAACGAAGUUGUGUCUCUUGGAGAGUCUCAACUAAGCCUCUAAAUCGGAAUCAUCGGAGAAUCCGUGCGACGGGGUGCACGGCCAACUGGCCCAAUAUGUGAUGCUCAUGUGAGACGAACCGUGAAAGUAAUGUUGAUCUUGAUGGAGGGGGUACGUUCUGUGUUCGAAGACAUUGAUAAUGAUCCGCGUGGCUAGCACCCACAUUUGUGACCUGCGUAAGGUCAACGCGAGCCGUGACAGAAUCGGCAUGGGCCGUUAGUGCUCAGAGCUGACACGGUGUGGUCGUUAAGUGCAGAGUGAAAGACACCGAGGGGUGUCAGGAACGUGUGGCCUGUAUCGCGAGUGACAUGUUUCGUGUUCCCCCUUGUGAACACUGGUGGGGGAGGAUGUCGCGACCGGGGGGUACUGUGCGUUUGUUGCCUAGCAACGAAAUUGUUGUCAUAUUUUUGUGCUUAGAAAAUUAAGGAAAAGGGGGCUUUUGGAUGAGAAACUGAUUGAAACGGGGUCAUUAUUAUAGCUCAUUCUGAAACAGUGAAAGUAAAUAUGCAAAGCCAAGGACGAUGCAUUCACUGAUUAACAAGUGUCAAAGUGACAUUCAAGAAAGGUUUAUCUUUAUGUUUCAACUUAUUUCUUAGUUUAUUUUCUCUCGUUAGCCGCAAUGUGCGACUUUUGGAACGGUGUUUUUCAUUUCGAUCAAGAAGCGA